CACACACACAAAUAAAAGAGUGAGGUCUCAGUCCCUCACAUGACAGCGCUGUUAUUUGAGAGGCAGUAGCAGCAUCAGAGCAUCAGGACCUGCGCACUCUUUGUCCGCUCAGCUUCAGAGCUCAGAGGAGCAUCUCAGAGGAGAGAUGGAGCCAAAGCCAGCAAUGCGUUCAGGGACUGCUUUCUGUGGAUCCAAUACAAUACCCGUACCUGUUGUUUCUUAUCCCAGGCGUCGCUUUCAGUAGCUUUUAUUUUGUCUCGAAUUCUGUCUCCCCCUUUUUUAUUUUAUUUUUUUUUUUUAGAGGAGACUGUAAACUGAUGAAGGAUGGCUUUGUAAUAGCUGCGUAAGUUUGAAAACCGAUCAGGUGUAAAUAAGCACAAAGAGUCAGUCUUUGCUCUGAAGAUGUAUUUAAUCAGAUCUUGGGCGACUGGAUUAUGCCUGAUGGAGAGAUCACUAAGUUCUUGUUAACGCAGUGUUAUUAAGGCUGUACAGUGCAUGUGUAAAGAUUUUCCGGCGGACUGAGAUGGAUUGGUGAUCCCGCGUUUUGGGCAGCGUGCUAACUUUGCCACGAUGAAGUCGAUCUUCUACAGCCGCUUUUUCAUCCUGCUUCCGUGGGUGCUGAUCGUCAUCAUCGUGAUCGACAUCGACACGAAGAGGUCCUCCGUGCGCAACACCGCGCACUCGUACCUGUCCCGGCUGAGCAGCAGCGCGCCGCGGCGGGACGCGCCUGUGCGCGCGCUCAACCGCACCGCACCGCCGCCGCCGCUGCCGCCGCUCAUCUACGCCAUCACCCCCACGUACAGCCGCGCCGUGCAGAAAGCCGAGCUCACGCGCCUGGCCAACACUUUCCGCCAGGUCCCGCACUUUCACUGGAUUGUAGUAGAAGACUCGGCAAGUCGCACCGAGCUCGUAUCGCGCUUCUUGGCGCGCGGUCGUGUGCCGUACACGCACCUGCACGUGCUCACCCCGCGCCGCUUUAAACGGGCGGGCAUGCCGCGCGCCACCGAGCAGAGGAACGCCGCGCUCACGUGGCUCCGCGCGCACCGCACCGCCACCGACUCCGGAGUGGUGUUCUUUGCCGACGAUGAUAACACGUACAGCCUGGAGCUUUUUGAAGAGAUGCGGUCGACUAAAGGAGUAUCCGUAUGGCCGGUAGGACUCGUAGGGGGUCGCAGGUACGAACGCCCUGUUGUAGAAAAGGGAAAAGUGGUGGGGUGGUACACAGGCUGGAAGGCUGACCGACCUUUUGCCAUCGACAUGGCAGGCUUUGCUGUGAACCUUCAGGUGAUCCUUGCUAACCCACGAGCUCUAUUCAAGAGGAGAGGUGCCAAGCCAGGCAUGCAAGAGUCUGACUUCCUCAAACAAAUAACCAAACUGGAGGAACUGGAGCCGAAGGCUCACAACUGCACCCAGGUCCUGGUCUGGCACACCCGCACAGAGAAGGUCAACCUGGGCAAUGAGCCCAAACGACACCAGGACUCUGUUCUGAUCGAGGUCUAGUGGACAGGACUGGCGUGGGAGGUCUCACAGCAUAUUACAACAAGUAGCCACUAUCCCUGGUACUUUCCCAAUUAGUGUCAACUGCUGGACUGAUAGCGUGCUGAUUCAUGCUGGAAGCUCAGUGGGAAGUCUGAUGUCUGUGUCAUCGAACUCAACACUCUGGACUAUCCAAUUCUGUGGACUUAUUUCUGGCUGCAUAAAUUGGCUGGCCAUCAUUUUGUUAAUAAGAAUAUCUCCUCAUCACCCGAGGAAGCAUACAGAGUUCCUAGAAAAGAACUCGUCUUUAAAACCUGUAAUAUUCGGUACAGCUGACUUCAGCUGAGUUCGGCUGCUAAGAGGAACUUUUACCUUAAAAUCUGGAGUGCAAGCACCUGAUGAAGUCACAAUGAUGUUUCAUUGUUUCUUAGAACCUGGAGAACUUAUUAUAUAUUUGGGACAAGUUCAAAAACAAAAACAUCGAAAAAGAGCUAGCUGUCGGGGGGAAAAUGGCAUAAUAUGGCUAAAUGGCUAAAAUGUACAUUCAGUGGACAUAUUUAACUGUAAUGAUACAGGUCUGUUGUAUUUAAGCAGUUAUUGGAUUUCUGUAAAAUGAUUUUAUUGUCAUGAACGUGUUGCUACAAGGCUAAGAAAAUGGACAGAAAGAUGCAGGGCAAUAUGAACAGCCUGAACCCAGCACUACAGGAACAAACCUUUGAAUUAUAACUGUCUUUAUUCCAAAUGACCUCUUUUAAAAGCAAAGUAAAGAAGAAAAAAAAAAAAAAAAAAAAA